AUGGUGCUACACAAGAUCAACUGUCGAGCUCAGCCUGAGGAGCUGGAAUCUCUCAAGGAUGACAUUUCUUCCUUCAGCCGAGGGCCCCUGGAUCGAUACGAUCUCGAUUCCAUGGGGUUCGCUCGUCUCGGAUUGACGAGGAAGCGAGUUGCGCUGAGUAUUCUCACCUUUGCCGUGGCAGGAUUUGUUGGCAUUCUUCGAUGGACUUUCUCUCCUGAAUCGAUCGUGACGACUGUCACUCCUAUCCCAACCUCUUCCGACGCGGUUCCAGAGAAGCUGAAUCUUAUGAUGGACAAGUUGGAACGGCUGGGCGACCAAGUCGAAAGGCUUGUAUCGUCGAACCUCAAGGAGCAGACCCCGGACACUGCCAAAAAUGCCCAACAAACCGAAGUUGAAAAGAGACUUGAAAAGGUGGUCCAAGGCGCAAAACAGUGGUUUGACGACACAGUUUCUGACAAGCUGCAGGAGAUAAACCACACAGUCGUAGAUAUGCAUCAGCAACUUGCCCAAGAGGCACGAGAUAUCGCAGAGGAAUUGGACCGAAAAAUCACAACCAGAUUGAAAAGUCUAGAAGAGAGUAUUGCCGAUCGAACAUGA